CUUGUUCUUGAUUAUCAUGACGAAGAGUGGUUCGAACCCCAACCCGAACCCUGUCGAGAACAAUGCGGAAGGGAUUCGUUACAGAGGUGUGAGGAAGCGUCCAUGGGGAAGAUACGCAGCUGAGAUCCGAGACCCGGUUAAGAGAAUCCGGGUCUGGCUCGGUACCUUUGACACUGCUAAGGAUGCGGCGCGUGCCUACGACGCUGCGGCACGUGAGUUUCGCGGCGCGAACGCUAAGACGAAUUUCCCCACACUUCUUGAGCUUCAAAUGAAAGGCAGCGGUUACACUCGUGCUCCUAGACAAAGCAGAACCGUCCACUCGGUCUCUCCCCUGGCGGCGAGACUUGCAGCACUUCCGCAGCUCCCGCUCAGCUUAGGUGGCGGCAGCCGCGGCGCAUGUUAUCCUCAGGUUCUUGCUGCACGUCCUCUUGCUGCACGUCCUCUUUCUGUACGUCCUCUUGCUGCACGUCCUCUUGUUGCACGUCCUCUCGCUGAACGUCCUGUUUACUGCUGUAACACGACGGCGUGUGCUACGUGCGGGGCCGAGAGCGAGUCUGACUCGUCGUCUGUCCUUGAGUUCGAGGAUGAAGCUGAGGAGAAGCCUCAGCAGCUCAACCUGGACCUUAGCUUAUCUCCUCCUGCGGAAUAAGUCGCUUCUCCAGACAGUGACGCGUCGAGUCUUCUAAAUUAAGAGAAAGUGCGUUCUCCUAUAUAGUAUCUUUUUUUUUUGUUUCUGUCUAAAAUAUAUAUAUAUAUAU